AAAUGAUUGUAUUCUAAUCAGCUUUUUUGACGUUCAGGUCAGGCGUCUCUUACAUAAACCAUAAGGAUUAGCGAUUGGCUCUUGUAUCUACGAUUUCGCGCCUGUACUUCACGCCGUUACUUUUUAUCCCUGUACUUCAGGAAACCGAAACCGAAUCUUGGGAGUAUACCUAUGCCCAUCCCAUAUGCAGAGUGUUAACCCAUUUGUUGCAGAUUUAACGCCUCAUUCAUAGCAUAAAGAGACAAUCUUCCUUGGAGUUUCGGGUACGAAGGGGUGAGUGUAGACGUCUGGGCGGGGCUUAGGCUGAGUUUCGGUUUCGACGUAGUCACUGUACCCCAGCUGAUGGUCGCUUAGGUGGACUCACAGCGAGCUGAAUAUAUUGGUAUAUUGAUCUGAUUCAUAAUAAUGGGAGAUCAUAUAGAUUAUAAAGGACUGCUUAUAAACCUCUGCAUUAAAAACAAAAUGACGUAUGAAUAUCGUGAAGUCUUGGCAACAGGCCCUUCUCAUGAUCCCCGGUUUACAUUUCAUGUGCUGGUGAAUGAUGAAAAACUUGGGGAAGGACAAGACAAAACUAAGAAGGCAGCAGCAAACCUUGCAGCUAAAAUGGCUAUUAGUGUUAUACAAAAUCGAGGACAACUAAUUACAACUUUGCCACAGGCCUCCCAAGAAACCCCACAAUCAAACCCCUCUUCAAAUGCACAAAAUACAAGUAAUGCAGAAUCACCUUCAUCAGUUAUAGAUGAUGCUAAGGAAAAUGCGGCACAGGCCUCCCCAGAAACCCCACAAUCAAACCCCUGUUCAAAUGUACAAAAUACAAGUAAUGCAGGGACACCUCCAUCAGUUGAUGCUAAGGAAAAUGCGCUUGAAACAAACUACGUCGGGAAAUUCAAUGAACUGUGCCAGAAAAAAAAGUGGAUGCAUAACAGCUUUUUGGUUGAAAGAAGGGGGCAACCACACAUUCCUGAAUUUUUCUGUAGAGCGGUAAUUGGUGAUAAAAGGUUUCCUGAAGCGACAGGAAGAAGUAAACAGGACGCCAAAAAGAAUGCAGCUUUUUUGGCACUAAAAGAGCUAAAAAGGGAGCAUCCAACUGAUACUGAGAUUCCAGAUGUAGAAGAAAUGAAUGAGAUAGAAUCUGCAUCUGGGAAUUCCUUUGUAUCCAGCAGCUUUCCUGUUACCAGUCCAGAUCUGCAGUGUGUGCAAAAAGGAUCUUCACCAGCAUCAUCUGGUUCUGAGCAAUCACUUCCUGUAACUGGAAGGACCACUCCAAUUGCUCCAUCCAGAACACAAAGAAGAAUAGAGUUAGCACCAACUUUCAUGAACAUAGCGGUAGAAAGGAGCACGCUGACUCAGGAUGAAACACUGUUACGGGACUUUGAUGAUCUAACCGUACUUGGCGAAGGUGGAUUUGGAACCGUUUUUAAAGCAAGGAAAAAACUGGAUGAAAAGUACUAUGUUGUAAAAAAAGUUAUGUUUUGUGGCAAAAAGUCAGUGCAAGAGGUCAAAGUUUUAGCUCGCCUGGAACAUCCAAACAUUGUUCGGUAUUACCAUUCCUGGACUGGAAUGGAUGUCUCUAGUUCUACUAACAGUUCCUCUAGUUCUGCGAGCAGUGACAGAGCACCUGGGUGUAAACAAGAGUGUCUUUUUAUACAAAUGGAGCUAUGUGAAAAUGGAACGUUAAAAUCAUGGAUUGAAAGACGGGAGAAGAUUCACAGGAACAAAAGUCUUGCCAUAUUUGAGCAAAUUGUUGACGGAGUUGAGUACAUUCAUUCUUCAAAGCUCAUUCACCGGGACCUAAAGCCCGAUAAUAUAUUUUUUGCUACAGAACACAAAAUAAAAAUAGGUGAUUUUGGCCUGGUGACUUAUGUGACCGGAGAGGAGGAGAGGCAAGCACUGCUCCGUACUCAUUGCACUGGAACGCGUUCUUACAUGGCCCCGGAACAGUAUGAAGAUGCUUAUGAAAAUGAAGUGGACAUCUACUCAUUGGGAUUGAUACUAAUAGAACUUUUUAUCAAAUUUAGUACAUACCAUGAGAAAGAAAAGGAGUGGCCAAAGUUCCGCAAUGCUGAAUUUCCCCAAGAGUUUGCACAACAAUUCCACUAUGAGGAAUCUAUCAUCAAGUUAAUGCUGUCCAAGGAUCCUAAAAAGAGACCCAAAGCCUUGGAACUAAAGACAUAUUUUGGGCCAAAUUCCCUUUUGAGUUCAAAAACAAGAUAAUCAUUAUGUAGUUAUUAAUAAUGAAGAACUGUUCACUAAUGAACA